AUGCGGUUAGUGGUCACCAGCGUUCUUCUCCUCUCCGUCAUCAUCACCUACUUCACAACGGGUGUCGAAUCGAAAAAGUGUCGGGAUGGAGUGCACAAUGUGAUAACGAUAGAUUCGUAUGGAAAUGAAACCCUUCCCGUCGAAGUCCGAAAAAUCCGAAUUCACGUGUACGACCACGACAUGAAGCCGUCGUGCUACAAACGAAAAGUGAACGUCGUGAUGCCGGGAUGGUUCAAAAUCAAAAGUGGCGAAGUGGACACGUCCCGGGACUACGAUAUUGUGAAGGACGGUGCGGUGUCAGUGAGUGUCUCACUCGACGGAGAUCACAUUUGUCUCAACGGACACUCGGAUAUGUUCAUUGUGCCCGAGUCGUUGUGCAGCUUCGAAAUGAGCACGUUCGUCCCGAAAGACAUUUGCGAGACUCUCCAGCAAAAAGGACUUCACACACUUGAAGAAAUUGAGAAGAAGACCGGCUUCAACUCGACACUCGAAAUUCCGGCGUCGCCAAGUUUUCUCGGAAUUUCGUUGUUGGAUGUGUUGAAGGGCAACUACCGUAUCAAAAUCUCCAUCGCGUCGGAGGGCAAAAAAAUUGUGGAAUUCGCGUUGCCCACCGGCUACACUGAUCUCAAAAUGGGUCUCAACGAGGCGGACGAUGAGGACUAA